AUGCCAUUCCCCGGUGCCCCCCGAUACGGCUUCUUCGACAAACUCGUGCCCAAGAGUCGCCGAAGUGGAAGAAAGCUUGGCAACCAGUCCAGCCCCCAACUGUACGAAUACUCGGCAGUACAUAUCCACUCCGUUGGCAAGUCAAUCGUAUACGAGGCGUUGUUUGGUCAGCUGAUGAUAUUGGGUGGGGAAAGCACUUUUGUCGCCGAGCUGUACACACUUUAUUCAUCAAGUCGGCAAGCCCAAAUAAUGGUCCGGAUCGAUCGUGGACCGACCAUGGAGCGUCGUCAUUAUGGUCAAGAUGUCAUGAAAACUGGUUGGUCUGUUGAUGAUCCGUUGCUAUUGGCUCCGGCUCGACUUGACGACCGGCUGGGAGGGCUCAGAAGAGACGAGGUGAUGUUGGGAUGA